AUGACUGAAAGAUAUAACAGAAAUGCAUCAUCUUGGUUAAUGAAGUCUGCAGCGUCUUCAGCAGAUGUGCGAUUCAACAUAAAUGGUGUGCCAUUCUCGCUGGACAGAGAACUUCUGGCUGCAAGAUCUGCAAAAGUAUCUACCUUACUAAAAAGGAAUUCUCCGGAACUUCUACCUCAUCUCCUCCAAGACAUUCCAGCUGACCCUGAAACUUUUGAGAUUGUUGCAAGAUUCUGCCAUGGCUUUGAACCAGAAUUAUCCUCUGAGAGUAUUGUACCACUCAUCUGCCUUGCUUAUUACUUGGGGAUGGAUGAAAGUCACAGCACUAAUAACAUGUUGACCAAGGCUCUUACUUUCUUUGAGCAGAGAGUACUCCCUAGCUGGAACGAAACUAUCAAAGCUUUCCGUGCAGCAGAAACUGUCUUUCAACAAGCAGUGGAUCUUGGACUGGUUGAUGCAUGUUUAAAGUCUAUUGUUGCAAAGACAUUGCUCGAUCCCUGCUUUCUUGGGGAAUCAAUCAAGACUUCAGUAAAUGAGGAUGACAGUGACGAUGAUGCUAAUAAAUACAGGCCUAAUGCAAGGAGAAGGCUUUUUGUUCCUGAUUGGCAGCCAGAAAAUUUGAUAACUCUAUCGCUUCAGCUCUAUGAGCUUGUCAUUCAUGCAGUGAAUCAGCAUGGAGUGCCUUCAGAACAUAUUGCUGCAUCCAUUUUCCAAUAUGCAAACAGAUGGGUUUUGUCCGGCAACACAGUAGGUGACAAUAUGUUAGUUUACAAGAACUUUAAGAGAGACGUUAUUGAAGCAGUAGAGACGCUUUUGCCUCAACAAAUAGGACUAGUUGCCUGUUCAUUUCUCUUUGAAAUGCUUCAUUGCGCCAUUAUUUUUGAAGCUAGCUCUGAUUGUAGAACUGGGUUUGAGAUUAGGAUAGGAAAACAGCUGGACCAGGCAACAGUAAAGGACCUCUUAAUACCAGUGCAAGGUUAUGCUAGAGAAAUGCAAUAUGAUGUUGAGUGUGUGAGAAGGAUUUUGAAGAUCUUUUACAGUAACUUCUCUACCGCUGACAUUUCAGGGUUUCUUAAAGUUUCAGAACUCAUGGAAGGAUUUUUGGCAGAGGUUGCAAAUGACAUUGAUCUAAAGGCUGACACAUUUAUUUCACUAGCCGAGAUGUCAGUAGCAGCAUCAUUUGGAACUCAGAGGACUUCAGAUGGAAUAUACAGGGCUAUUGAUAUAUACCUAGACAAGCACAGGUACAUUUACUAG